GGGGGUGCGAGAAAAAACAUAAGCAGCAGCAUUCUUCUUCUCUUCUUUCAUCAGCAGAAUCCUCUUUCGAUUAGGGUUCUUCGUCUCGUGCUCGAACAUGGCCGAUUCUCCUCGGACAAGAUCCAGGUCAAGGUCAAGGUCCAUAUCCAGGUCAAGGAUGAGGGGCAGGUCCAGGUCUAGAUCAAGAUCAAGGUCAAGGGGUCGUGGCAGGAAUGAUGUAAAUCCUGGAAAUACACUCUAUGUAACUGGGUUAUCUACAAGGGUAACGGAGAGAGACCUUGAAGAUCAUUUCUCCAAAGAGGGAAAGAUAGCCUCAUGUUUUCUGGUUGUGGAGCCCCGUACACGUGCCUCUCGUGGUUUUGCUUUCAUAUCAAUGGAUACUCCUGAUGAUGCUGAGCGGUGCAUCAAACGACUCCAUCAAUCAGUUCUUGAUGGCCGGUGCAUUACCGUGGAGAGGUCACGGAGGAAACGCGCCAGAACUCCCACUCCUGGUCACUAUCUUGGGCUGAAAAAUACCAGGGACCAUGGCUAUCGCGGAGACCGUGGUAGGUACCGUGGAGGUCGCGAUGACUACGAGUAUCGCAGGUCUCCUCCUAGGCGCUCACCAUAUCGAGGUGGUGGUCGUGAUUACUCUCCUCCUCCUAGACGUUCUUCGCCAUAUGGAGGUGGAAGGUCAAGAAGGGAGCGAUCGAGGUCGCUUCCUUAUUCUCCGUAUGGUAGUCCAGAAAGGAGCUAUGGUCGCCGUUCUAGGUAAGGCUGCUGCUUAUCAGGUCCUGGUGUCUUCGGUUUUAGAGAAGAUAAAAACUGUUUCUUUUAGACUAGUUGUGGUGAUGUCACAAUAUUUAGUUUGUACUGGACUGAAAAUCAUCUGGUUUGUUUGUAAGGGUUUAUCGUUGGGUGGUUACUUUUCUAACCAUUUAGUUAUAUGUUGGACCUUUUCCAUUUCAAGAGUUGCUUAUCAAGUAAAACAGGUAUUAAAUAUGAGAUUGCAUUUUUGUGACCUGUC